GCGAACAUGUCGCCAUGGGCGGUGAAUAAUAACUUGGCUUAUGGUUAUGCCGCUACGACUAUUCACGGCCAUAAUGAGUCGAGUUGGCGCUGCGCUUGCUACAACAACAAAACCAUGAUCAUCCAGGCAACGAACACGGAGCGCGACUUGGUCUUGAAUCCAUUCGACCUUCUAGUCCCCGGAGGCGGCGUGGGUCCUUUCGACGGCUGCAGAGAGCAGUACGGCGGGCCCUUCCCUGGCCAGCAGUACGGCGGCGUCUCGUCGCGGUCCGAGUGCGACAGCUCCAGCAUGCCCGCAAUAUUGAAGGACAGGUGCUACUGGCGAUUCGACUGGUUCAUGAACGCGGACAACCCGACCGUGAGCUUCAAGCAGGUCAAGUGGCCGAAUCAGCUGACCGCAAUCUCAGGGUGCAUCAGGGACGAUAAUUUGAUGCUUUCAAAUCCUUGA